GCAAUGGGUAUGGGAUUUGGCAGAAAAGUCAAUACUUGGCUUGUUCGGUGUUUUGGAGUUGCUUCCAAUCUAUCUUCUUCCAUCAACCCUUACUAUACUAGGACUGCGACCGAUGGCGGACACGACGACGUUUGGAAGUUCCAAAAGUAUAAGGCACCUGGUUUUGCUGAAGUGAAAGCCAGGCAACCGCAUUCCUUGAAGCAAAGCUUUCCGCUAACACACAAACUUUACUCACAACAGCAUAGACGCGCACACCUCGGCUUCUUCCUCUCCCAAGCAAUGGGCUAUUGCAAGCUUUCUUGCAGUGUGCUUUUUCUAUUCCUCUUCAUCAGUUUUUGCCCUCCAUAUCAAUCUUUGGCUGAUGGAAAAGACCUGGCAGCUAAGUUGUUAAUAGAUGCUUCCGAGCGGUCAGGCCAUCCGAUACCCCAAACACUCUUUGGAAUAUUCUUUGAGGAAAUCAACCAUGCUGGUGCAGGUGGGUUGUGGGCAGAGCUUGUAAGCAAUAGAGGUUUUGAAGCUGGGGGCUCAAAUAUUCCUUCAAACAUUGAUCCAUGGUCCAUAAUUGGGAAUGAGUCAUCUAUAAUUGUUUCAACAGACCGGUCAUCAUGUUUUGAAAGUAACAAGGUGGCUCUCAGAAUGGAGGUGCUCUGCACUAGUGAGGCAACUAGUACCUGUCCAUCUGGGGGAGUUGGUAUAUAUAACCCAGGCUUUUGGGGCAUGAAUAUUGAGCAAGGGAAGAGUUACAAGGUUGUAUUUUAUGUCCGUUCAAUGGAAGCAAUUGAUAUUUCUGUAUCUUUUACGAGCUCAAAUGGGCUGCAGACACUGGCUUCCGCUAACAUAAUAGCUUCUGAUGUUUCAAACUGGACAAAGAUGGAGGUUCUGUUGGAAGCCAAGGAAACAAACCACAAUUCAAGGUUGCAACUAACAACAUCAAAGAUGGGUGUGAUAUGGUUUGAUCAAGUGUCAGCUAUGCCUUUGGAUACUUACAAGGGGCAUGGUUUUCGGAAUGAUCUCUUUCAAAUGCUUGCAGAUAUAAAACCUCAAUUUAUUAGAUUUCCAGGUGGCUGUUUUGUGGAAGGUGAAUGGUUAAGAAAUGCUUUUCGCUGGAAAGCAAGUGUUGGACCUUGGGAAGAAAGACCUGGUCACUUUGGUGACGUUUGGAUGUACUGGACUGAUGAUGGACUUGGUUACUUUGAGUUCCUUCAAUUAGCAGAGGACCUUAGUGCAUUGCCGAUAUGGGUGUUCAACAAUGGAAUUAGCCACAAUGAUCAAGUUGAUACAUCCAGUGUUAGGCCUUUUGUGCAAGAAGCCCUUGAUGGCCUUGAGUUUGCUAGAGGUGAUUCGAAUUCUAGGUGGGGUGUUGUUCGAGCGGCAAUGGGACACCCUGAACCCUUUGAUUUGAGAUAUGUUGCCGUUGGCAAUGAGGAUUGUGGGAAGAAGAAUUAUCGAGGAAAUUACCUCAAGUUCUAUGAUGCUAUAAAGCGGGCCUACCCAGAUAUCCAAAUAAUUUCAAACUGUGAUGGAUCGUCUCGCCCACUCGACCACCCUGCUGAUCUUUAUGAUUUUCAUGUUUAUACAUCUGCCAACAACUUGUUUUCCAUGUCCAACAAGUUUGAUCAUACAUCACGACAGGGUCCCAAGGCCUUUGUUAGUGAAUACGCUGUGACCGGGAAAGAUGCUGGCACUGGAAGUCUUUUAGCAGCACUUGCUGAGGCUGGUUUCCUUAUUGGUCUGGAAAAGAACAGCGAUGUUGUGCAGAUGGCUAGCUAUGCACCACUUUUUGUAAAUAGUAAUGACAGGCGGUGGAACCCAGAUGCAAUUGUCUUCAACUCCUAUCAGGCAUAUGGGACUCCUAGCUACUGGGUGCAACGUUUUUUCACGGAGUCAAGUGGAGCAACUUUUCUUAAUGCAACACUGCAAACAGAUUCCUCUACUUCCCUUUUAGCAUCUGCAAUUGCUUGGAAAAAUUCAAAUGGUCAAACCUACAUCAGGAUAAAGGCUGUAAACUUUGGGAGCAAUUCAGUGAACCUCCAAAUUUCUGUUGGUGGACUGGAUCCGAACUCUGAAAAGCUGUCUGGAUCAGCAAAGACCAUUCUCACAUCUGCUGGUCCUAUGGAUGAGAAUUCCUUCUACGAGCCAAAGAAGGUCGUACCCAUUAAAACACUGCUGGAAAAUGCGGACAAGGAGAUGAGUGUCCUACUUUUGCCACAUUCUUUAACUUCAUUUGAUUUGUUAAAGGAGUCUGUGAGUCUUAGAGUUGCCGAAGAUGAUUCGUCCCUUAAAUCUUCUAUCUGAAAUAAAUUAACGGAAGCAGUAAUUAUAUGAUAUGUUGGGGGGUGUAUCUGAUGUACUGAAACUGUGUAUGUUCGGAAUAAUUUAUAAUGUAAUGUUUAUAUACAGUUUCCCUGUCCA